AUGCCGACAGCAACGGAGCUAACUACCGGGCGCCUUCCCCCGCGCCACGCCCUCGUCACAGGCCUACAACUCCAUGUUCAACGCCGACCCCAACCCGCCCAGGCUAAUAGGCAACUUCCCCUCCUGCCCCUGCGCACCAAGACCCGCGGCCCCGCCUACACCCUUCCCGCCGCGGCCCUGCCUGCCUCCGAGUCCCCCGACCCGGACAGCGAGUCCUACGACAUCCUCGACGAGGUCCUCGCCGUCUUCCGCGCCAACACGUUUUUCCGCAACUUUGAGAUCCAGGGCCCCGCCGACCGCCUCCUCGUCUACGGUAUCUGGUUCGUGAGCGACUGCCUCACCAAGAUCAAGCCGACUGCCUCGGUCCGCGACGCGACCAAGGAUGUUACGAACCUGGCGCUGGACCUCAACUUUGCCAUUCCCGGCGAUCCGGGCUGGCCUCUAAACCAGGUGCGUCACAUGGUGGUCUUGUUCGCCUAG